AUGGGGUUAUGGAAGAAGGUCACUGGCAUUAUUAAGGAUAAGAACAGCAUAGUUUGGGCUAAUUUUUCCGGCAAAAGUUCGUUUCGGAAUCCCGAUCUCGAGAUCUCCAUCAUCAAAGCCACGAGCCAUGAUGAGUAUCAUAUUGAUAAAAGGAAUGCUCAAAUUGUGUUCUCGUGGAUACGAGCGUCGCCGAUUAGUCUUCGUCCUCUCGUUUGGGCUUUGUCUAGGAGAAUGGAGAAGACUCGGAGUUGGGUCGUUGCUGUUAAAGGUUUAAUGCUAAUGCACGGUGUGUUUUAUUGUAAAGUUCCCGCCGUCGAAAAGAUGGGGCGGUUGCCAUUCGAUUUAUCGAGUUUUACCGACGGGCAUACAACGUCGGGAAAGACAUGGGGUUUCAAUGCUUUUGUACGUGAAUACUAUGCGUUUUUAGACCAACGAGCCCUCAUUUUGUCGGAAAAAGACAAUCGAAAAUCCGAUGAACGUUCGCCGAUGGCGCAACAACUGUCGAAGCUACAAAAAUUGCAAUCUUUGCUAGAUAUGUUACUACAAGUCAAGCCACGAGCUGAAAACAUGAAACUACCGUUGAUUCUCGAAGCUAUGGAUUGUAUCAUUAUUGAGAUAUACGACGUUUAUAGCCGGAUUUGCACCGAGAUCACCAAGGUUCUGUUGAACAUAUACUCGGUCAAAAAACCCGAAGCAGCGACGGCAUUGAAGGUUCUCCAAAAGGCGAUGACACAAGGCGAGGAACUGUCAUUGUUUUUCGAGUCUUGUAAGGAAUUCGGCGUCAUGAACGCCAACGAGUUCCCCACCGUCGCUCAGAUCCCUAAGGAAGAAGUCGAAGAACUCGAGAGAAUCGUCAAUGGGGCUUCAGAUAUGACCAUGACGACCUACGAAGAUUCUGUCGGGGAUUAUAGUAUCGAGGAAAAUGACGAAACGGCAGCCAUUGUUGAACACAAGGAAGCUUUGAAGACAGUAAUAACAGAUAAAUGGGUGGUUUUUGAUGAAAAUUUAAAGAUCAAUGAAGAAAAAAAUAAUAAGAAAAUUUCAUUUGCCGAAGAAACUGCUGCACUCAUUGAAUAUGUUCCAGUUUAUAAUUCUCAUCAACAAGAAAUUCCAGAUUUAAUUAGUUUCUAG